AUGACAGCACUAUUAUUUUAUGGAUGCUUGUUUGUUGCAUUCUCACCGAGUAUCGUAUUCUUUACGAUGGUGAUAUCGCGUAACAGUCAGUUGGUUAUCAUGGCAAUUGCAAUUGGUACAGGUAGUGGAAUUACAUAUGGAUUUGUAAUGUAUGGUACUAUUCUUUGGGAAGCACAAGGACCUGGUAAUUUGUUCUCGCCGGCUUGUCCAACGGUCAGUUUGUUCAUUCUCUCAGCGAUAUAUGCACUUUGCUUCUCGUUGUUGCAUAUCGCUUGGAAUAUCACAGCAUUCCAAGGAUACAGAACUAAGAACUAUUUCAAUGUUGGUGUUGUUUUAUUAUCUCAUUUCGCUGCUUCUUAUUUUAUAGAAGCUGCUAUGGUUCCAACUGUUAUUGGAUAUACAUUCAGAACAAUGAUUAAAGGUGAUUCAAUUACAAAGAUUACAUAA